AUGUCUAUUCUGAGUUUUUACAUGGUAAUACCGCAGUUGAUACAUGUGAUUCGUGUUUGGGGUAAUGUAGCUCUUAUGGUGGAAGAUAUAGCCGCCGCCAAUUUUGGUUUGAUGGUUUUGAGCAAGUUAUUCGUUACUUGGUAUCACAGCGAAACACUUCAAACAUUGAUGAUGUCAGUCAUGACCGAUUGGAUAAAUUCGACGAACAAGCGCGAACGAAAUACGAUGCUGAGGUUUGCGAGACGUGGCAGAAGCUUAUCCUUUAGAUGUUACGCAACCAUGACGAUCACAAUUUCUUUUUACAUAUGUCUUAAUCUUCUGAAACUUUAUCAAAAUAUUCAUCAGCCUCAACGCAGCUUCGUCUAUCAUUUCGUUUAUCCUUACAACGCCCAGAAGAGUCCGAAUUAUGAAAUCACAUUUGUCAUCCAACUUUCCGGUGGAAUAUGCACAGGACCAAUCAACUGUACUGUCGACAGCUUCAUCUCGAUGCUCUUACUGCAUGAAUGCGCGCAACUAUUAAAUCUACGAAUGGCACUCAACGAUUUGAUCGAUGAAUUAGCCAAUAAAUCUAUAUCCUACACGAAAUUUAAAGAAGGCUUAGCCGCGAUCGCUAUACGACAUAAACAUCUUAUGAGGAAUGUAAAGAAAAUCAACAACUGUUACAGCACAGUGCUAUUUAUAUACAUGUUAACAGCUACUUUUCAAUUAUGUUUUCAAACUUUUCGAGCUUAUACGAUAAUAACAGACAAAUUAGAUGUGUCUGUUUUCAAAGUGGCUUUUCUCUCGGUUUAUGUUGUUGCUACGUUGACGAAUUUGUACAUGUAUUGCUACUCGGCUGAAAAAGUCUUAACAGAGAGCACCAGUGUGGCGUAUAGCGUGUAUGAAAGCAAGUGGUAUAAUAUACCGGCCAAAGAUGCGAAGAACUUAAUGAUUAUUGCAUAUGGAUCUAUAAUACCGCUUAACUUAACAGCUGGAAAAUUCGGAAAUUUUUCGAUGGAGUUGCUCGGAUCAGUGAGAGACUUAUUCUUCAAAAUAUAUUAUUUUUUGUGUGAUGCUCGUACAAAUAAUCGGUUUAAAGAGAUACUCACAGAUGGUAGCGGUUUACCCUUCAUGUACUGA